AUGAGGUGGCACCAGCUAAGUGUCUCUGCAAAUCAAUACUACUUACACGCCAAGUUAAAAAAGCAACGUGCGAUAGACAAAGUUUAUGACUCUCAGCUUUACCUACUCUGCAGGUAUGUGAACCGUGUGACUAUCAUGGAUAUUAAAGCUGGCCAGCAAUGGCACUUCAUCUGCAAUUCAUGGCUGGCCAUCGACAUUGGCGAAAACAUACUGGACAAAGUAUUCCAUGCAGCUUCUGAUGUGGAAAUGAAGCUCUUCCAAAACCUGUUCUUCAUGAAGAUAGCUGAAAGUCUGACCGACCAACAUAUCUGGUUUUCAGUUGUUGAGCGUCCAUCAAGAAGUCCCUUCACUCGUGUUCAGCGAGUUUCCUGCUGCUUUUCGCUCCUUCUUGGUUCAAUGUUGACCAACAUCAUGUUCUGGGGCACAUCACCCAAUGAGUCAUUGCAGUACACAACUCUGGGUACCAGUGAUAUUUAUAACAUCAACAUGCAUAUCAUUUACGAUUUGAUUCAAUCAUAAAUCACUCAUGAUAACUUAUGAUUUAUUACUUUCUGAAUUAAAAAAAGUAGAGACAGAGCUCUAAAAUAUAAUUAAUACUUAUGUAUAACUUCUUAUUUCACAAUAGAAAGAAAAUUGACAAAAUGCUAAUAUCAUUCAGCUGAAUAAUUGUUCCUGCUGGUAAAACGAUGUCAGCAGUUGCUGAUGUUAUCCUUUCAUUAUUUACUGCAGGAGAAUUCAGUCUCUUCAUGAGAGAGUUCAUAAUCGGGAUCGAGAGUGCCAUCAUUAUGUUUCCCAUCAACCUGGGAAUUGUACAGAUUUUCAGAUCCGUCCGCCCUCGUCCAAGUGAGACAAAUGCAUUGAAAUACCAACGCACGCAGAGCCCCUCGUUCACCAGUCCCAAUGCCCGUCCACUCACUCCCGAGUCUCUAUUGCAGGUCAGCA